AUGAACUCCGCCCGUUCAGGCGAGGAGGUAGAUGCGGGUCAUCGCGCGCCUCCUCCUCCUCCUUCUCCUCCUGCCGGUGAAGACACGGGUCUUACACCGACGACUCAGAGUUCUGAGAGGCGCCAGGCAGCAGAAAGGGCUGGCUGGCGUAUAGGACCCAUCGACGUCGAGCGCCAAUGUGGGGUCCCACUGCCCGCGGGCCGUCACUGUGGAGGGUCUUUGGCUUGCAAGAGGCACUCGAUGAGCUCGAAACGCUCCGUGGCUGGGCGAUCUGCCCCGUACGACCAGUUACUCGCUGCCCUUAUAGAGAGGAAUCGAUCUGAGAAGAGGGCCUUGGAAGAGACUAGUUAA